AUGCCCAACCGAAAUUCGGCAAUUCCCCUGCUGGGUGAGACCAUCAUCCCGGAGACGGCGUUGGACGGGUUUUUGUGCAACCCGAAACACUUUCAUUCGUCCUCUUCCACUAUCCAUGAGAAGCAAAGGAUCACGUUCCGAGGGCUGGCGUGGCGGCAGAUCUUCAUCAAACAUUUGGAGAGCAUCAGUAAGUCCGUAGGACUGCUUGGAAAUGACUUGGCGGGCUAG